AUGUUGAGUCUGUCCUUGGAUCAGUUUUUUCAGUCUGAAUCCUGUUUUAACUACCAGCAGGAGAACAUCCACAGAGCUGUUCCCGGAUCAGCCAUAAACACCAGAGGCUGCAGCACGCACACUGAUGACGUCAUUCGCCGAGAACAACAGCAAACAAAAGAUGUACAUCAUCUUAUAUCCCGUGGGGCUAGUUUGCUCACUCUGAAGGCCAGUUUUGAUCUAGGGGACCAGUGCAAUAAAUGGGGAGAGCUCCUGUCACACCUUCUAGAGAAUGUGCAUUGCCGGGAUCUCAGUCAUUUAGACUUGAACUGGACAUUUACACUGCUGGAACCUCUUGACCUUCGUGUCCACACCAGUUCUAGUUCUCAUCAAGACAAUAUUACCAAGAUGGACCAGGUUAAUAACUUUCACAUUCUCCUAGCCAGGCUUGUCCACAGCUGUCCCAGGGUUACCAAAAUGCGCCUGCACUUCGACUGGUCCGAAACAUCAGUUGCGCUGAUCACUCAGUUUCAACACCUCCGUAUCUUAGAAUUGAAGUACUUUUGGGUCUUCAAAGGGGUCAGUCCGAACACUUUACAGAUGCUGGCGAAAUCGCUGCCUAAUCUAAAAUCCCUCACGCUCCAUGUUCUUGUUCCACUGCGAAAUCUAGGCAUCUCGUACACCCUUGAAUCCCUUUCGCUCGAGUUCCUUGAUGUGUCACCCAGUCGAGGUCUGGUCUUCUCCUGCCUCAACCUCCCAGCGCUACGAGAGCUGCGGGCGAAAAAAAUCGUUCGGGGCAUUACUCUGGACCGCCGGACUCGGCUAAGGAUACAGAGCCGAUGGCCCUGCUUGUAUCAGGUCUUACGUGAAGGGACACCCAAACUUCAGGCCCUUAACAAUGAAAGACUCCUUCCCAGCUGGAAAGAGCAAAGUUACAGAGAGCUGACGUCAAUCCUCCAGCAGUCUUGCUACUGUCUUCAGCAUUUAGACAGCUGGCUUUGGUGAAGUCGAGACUUAAACAAUUACAGGCCACACAUAAUGGCCUAAAGGGACACAGCCACAUCCUGAAGAAAACCAUGUAGAAAAAUUAAAAGGACCAAAAAUAUAAUCCGAUAACACACUUCUGCUGAUCCUCUCUAGUUAAAAAUAUAUGUCCAGAUUCUUAACUAUACAAUUAUGCUUAGGAGUUUCGGCUUGUGUUGUGCUAUGAAGGUUUAUGUUCCAGGUUGAAGUGUGUGCAUUUUUUAGGAGCUCAGGUGAAUUCAGGAAAAUUGUUCUAUUGUGCAAAGAGGAGGAUAAAGCAGAUUGUGGCAGUGGAGUGUGGAUCACUUUGACAAGAACUUUAAUUCCUUAAAACAUUUCAGUCCUUUUGUGUUUCAGUAGGAAUCAUCAAAAAAUAGAGGGCUUUUUGCCUUUAUUUUGUGUGUAUUUUUGUCUUUAACUAGAUUUUAUUUCAGUGUUUUCAGCUUUCCGUGACCAAAAGUUAUGACAUUCCUGAUAAUCUAUAUUUGAGACAAUACAGACAACUUUUUUCUCUUCCGGCAAUUUAAUUUAAAAUUUUCUUUCAUAAACUGGAAUUAAAAUAGAAGGAUUUAAAUUUUUAUCAAGCCUAGAAUUGGGUAUUUUAAGUAUUUUCACAUGAGUGAAAAUAUGUAUUGUGUUGCAUCUUCAUGUUUAUCCAUAUUUGAUGCAAAUGUCUUAUAUAAUAUAAUUAAAAGGAGAGUUAUUGAGUUUAGGGCUUUCUACAGAAGUAAUGAGAGUAAAACUUGAACUGAUAAUACAUUCUUGACAUUAUGAGGUAUCAGCUGACCAAUAAAUAAGCAUAGAUUGACUGAGAUCAGAUGCUUAGCAUUCAUGCCAAGCAUUUAUGUAAUAUAAACCUUUAAGACAGUCUGCCUUCAGUGACGUUUGUGAUCUGAGUUUUUUCUUUUAUUUUAUGAAAUAAAAAUAUUGCCUUUAGCCUUAAAAACCAAUAGACCAAUCAUAUAAUUUAUUUCAUGUGCACAGAAGGUUUUUUAUUAAUAAUAGUUUUUUUUUUGAUUUGCAGUUGCAUUUCCUUGUAAACAACCCAAUGGAUGAAAAUUUGAUUUGUAUGCAGUAUCUCAUGCUCGUCCACAGGAUGGCACCAUACCCUUUUCUUUUCUAGCUGUUGUGUUUCUUUCUUGCCACCCCUAAAAACAGCAGUCUGCACUGAUAAAUGAAUUCUGUGUACUGGCUGGAAUUGAA